CUCAUAUUCAUCGCUCUGGUCGCUGGCCUGAGCAAAGCUAUGCCUUACUCCAUCGACUUCCCGAGUAUCACCAUUGACAUCCGACCCACGUUUUCGCCCAACACUGUCAACAACACAAUCUUACCCUUUGCCUCCUUUCCAAACACGACCACAAGCAUGACUCUCGCCAUUCACCCGACUCCCUCUCCAUCAGCCACCUCGAUCAACAGCAGCCUCGGUGCCUGUGGUCCUGGCAUUGGCUCUUGUCCCUCUGGGCUCUGCUGCAGUGAAUAUGGCUAUUGUGGUUCAAACUCCAGUUAUUGCGGCACAAACUGCAUGCACAACUUUGGUAUCUGCGGUCUCAAUGCUUCUCAGCCAUUGUACAGUUUCUCCUACGCUCCUCUCAGCACCUUUGCUCCCCUGAGUGAUGGCGCCGGUGCUGCUGGUAUCGUCACUGAUGAUCUCGAUCAAGCUGCUUCUUCGACUUCCAUGUUCAGCUAUACUCCUGAGAGCAAUGGAAGUGCGAUAAGCUCUACUUUGGCAACUGAGACUAAAAUCUCGUUCCAGCCGACGAGCACUACUCAUACAGCUGUCGAGUCUACUUGGGCUGCUGGGAGCUACGCAGAUGCUUUGACGACCACAAUCACUGUGUUGAAGAGAGUCAGCUGUUGA